GGCAAAAGCAAGAGUGAGAAACAAAAUGGAGAAAAAAGUCUUUCUUCUUCCCAGAGUUCUCAGCGUGACUGUGAGAGAAGUAGACACAAUUGUUUUUCAUUUCACUGCCUGUUAUCUAGUUCUUUUACCAAAACAUCCCAGCUUGCUUCAAACUAGCACACCCGGUCAGGUGUAUUUGGUGCUUUUUCUUCUUUUUUCUUCUGUCUCAGAAGAAAGUCACAGAGACAAGACCAUGACUCUGCUUCCUGCCUAUUGGGUAGUUGUGAAACAAUCAGUGUAAAGUGAUCAAGUGAGUAACACAAUGAUUUUCAAACAGGAGAGCCUCCUCCUGGAAUGUGUUCCCCGGAAGGUCUUGUAGGGAUAGAUGCCCACGGCAGGUGUGUGGCGGUGAUGUAGUUAAUUUGAAAGGUAUUUGGUAUGAACUCCGGUAUUUAAAGCCAACUUCCUGAUGUUUUGGUUAAUGAGCUUCUCCGAGGGAGGCUCUGAUAAUAAUGCGCUGCAUUUCACAGCAUGUUUUCCUAUUUUAUCUUUUCAAUGGUUUAUUUUAUUACCCUUGUACUUAAAGAAAAAAGAAAGAAAGACUUGGAGAUUGUGCUAUUGGAAGAGCAGGAUAAGACUCGUAACAGUUUUGGACGUCAUGUAAUGAAAAAUAAUGUAUUACUAUACAUAAAUCUCCCUUAGGAGAUCAGAUUUCCUAAGGAGGUAGUAUGCCACUAACGCGAGCAGUUAAGGGGGGAAAAAAAUCACAUAAAAAAAGCCACAACAGGAAACCAUCGGUGUCCGUUUGAGGGAGGAUCUUUCGUUUUGUUGGUCGGGAUGUGGGGAAUGAACGUGACUAUUGGUCUACCGAAAGGGUGAGGUAAAAGCGUUUAAAGUAGGCGUUGAGUGUGUGUGGAGACUGUGAUUUCGGACGACUGCGGUAAGGUUGUCAACAUCAUGUUAUGAGAAGAUUUCGUAUCACUGUCUAAACCCUGAGCGGACCUGCUAUCCGCUGCAGCAUCGAAGUGGCUGCAGUUCAGGGAGGAGGCUGCGGGCGCCGCUGUUGACUAAGGAGGAGCCAGAGAAAGCCGAAGCGGUGCCGGCAGCCCCGCCCGCUGCAUCUCGGCUCGCUCGCUGUUUCGGCGUUCGAGCGGUCCCCACCGUGCGGAGCCGAGCUUAAGCGAACCGAAGGGACAGGCAGCAGCGGAAGGCAGCGAGGAGCCGAACCAGGAGGCAGAGGCGGAUUGAGAUCUGUGGCGGCGGUGGAAAUGCGCGCGGCAGGGAGGACCUGGGGCCGGUGGGCUCGGGCACUGCUGUGCUGCGUCCUGCUGUCGGCAUGGGAGGCGGCAUGGGGACAGCUGCGCUACUCAGUGCCAGAAGAACUGCCCAAGGGCUCGUUCGUGGGCGACGUAGCCAAGGACCUGGGGCUGCAGAUGGCGGUGAUGCGUCUCAUAGACAGAGGUAGGACGCAGUAUUUCUCUCUGCACGGCAAGACGGGACAUUUGGUGACGGCAGAGAGGAUAGACAGAGAGCAGCUGUGCCGGCUGCUGGAGAAAUGCAUGUUGCGAUGUGAGAUGAUAGUGGAAGGAGAAAUGCAGGUUUAUGACAUCGAAGUGGAAAUCACGGACAUUAAUGACAACGCUCCCAGCUUUCGAGAGACAGAAAUGCAACUGAGAGUGAGCGAGAUGACAGCGCUGGGCUCACGGUUUCCUCUCCGAGACGCACAGGACCCGGACUCGGGGCCGAAUUCCCUGCAGAGCUACGAGCUGAGUGGUGAUGAGCACUUCUCACUGGUCGUGCAGGCUGACCACGGCAGCGAUCGGCGUCCCGAGCUGGUGCUGGCCAAGGCACUGGACCGGGAGGAGGCGGCCUUUCACGAGCUGGUGCUGAGAGCGAGGGACGGCGGCGAGCCGCCGCUGACGGGCACAGCGCGGAUCCGAGUGGUAGUGCUGGACGCGAACGACAACGCGCCCGUGUUCAGUGCUGCAGAGUACACGGUGCGUGUGCCAGAGGACGUGUCCGUGGGCUCCACCCUCGUCGUUGUAACGGCCACUGACCGCGAUGAGGGGAUCAACGGACACGUGAAAUACAGUUUCCAUAAAAUUUCAGACAAAGCGUCGGAACUUUUCCACCUGGAUGAGGAUACAGGAGAAAUAUCCCUUAAAAAGGAAAUCGACUUUGAGGAGAUCUCCAUACAUGAGCUCGAGAUACAGGCACACGACGGAGGAGAGCUUUCCGACACUACGAAAGUGGUGAUUACAGUGACAGAUGUCAAUGACAACACACCCGAAUUGACAGUUACUUCUCAGCUGAGAGAGAUCUCUGAGGACUCCCCACCAGGGACCGUGGUGGCCCUGCUGCACGUGCAGGACGGGGACUCGGGGGCCAACGGCCAGGUGCGGUGCUCCCUGGACGCGGGAGUCCCGUUCCGGCUGCAGAGCUCUCGCGGCAGCUAUUACAGCGUGGUGACGACGAAAGAACUGGACCGGGAGGAUGUGUCAGAGUACAACGUGACGGUGCGAACAGCCGAUGGCGGGUCACCGCCUCUGUGGAGCAGCACGGUGCUGACCCUCAGGGUGCUGGACGUUAACGACAACGCACCGGUGUUCAGCGAGGCGAGCUACAGCGCCCGGCUGGCCGAGAACAACGCGGCGGGCGCGCUGGUGCUGACGGUGCGGGCGAGGGACGCGGACUGGGGGCAGAACGCGCGCGUGCGGUACCGGCUGGGCGAGGGGCGGGUGCGGGACGUGCCGCUGUCGUCGUACGUGUCGGUGCAGGCGGAGACGGGCGCGCUGUACGCGCUGCGCUCCUUCGACUACGAGGAGGUGCGCGAGGUGGGGCUGUGGGUGGUGGCGGAGGACGGCGGCUCCCCGGCGCUGAGCAGCAACGUGUCGGUGCGGAUCGUGAUCGUGGACGAGAACGACAACGCGCCGCAGGUGCUGUACCCAGCGCCGGCGCCCGUGUCCGGGGCCGGUGUCCGUGGCUGGUCGGGCGUGGAGCUGGCGGCGCGGUCGGCGGAGCCCGGGUCGCUGGUGGCCAAGGUGGUGGCGGUGGACGCGGACGCGGGUCAGAACGCGUGGCUGUCGUACGAGCUGGCCAAGGCGACGGAGCCGGGGCUGUUCCGCGUCGGGCUGCACAGCGGCGAGGUGCGCACUGCGCGCUUCCCGCUGGCCCGCGACGCGGCCCGGCAGAGCCUGGUGGUGCUGGUGAAGGACCACGGGCGGCCGGCGCUGUCUGCCACGGCCACGCUGACGGUGGUGCUGGCCGAGAACGUGGCCGACAUGCUCUCCGAAAUGGGCAGCGCGGCGGCAGCAGUGCCGGGCGAGCCAGCGGGCAGCCUGACGCGCUGGCUGGUGCUGGCCGUGGCAGCUGUCUCCUGCCUCUUCCUCGCCUUCCUGUUACUCUUGCUAGCAUUGCGCCUGCGGCGUUGGCGCCGCUCGCAGCUGCCUCCGGCGGCGGGCGAGGUCUUGCGUGGCGUCCCGGCCACGCACUUCGUGGGCAUCGACGGCGUCCGCGCCUUCCUGCGCUCCUACUCGCACGAAAUGUCUCUCACCACCGAUUCUCGCAAGAGCCAGCUCCGCUUGUCUCCUGCCAGCUGCUGUGACACCCUUCCGGUCCACCCGCAGCCCGACGAACCCGCCCCGCUGCUCGGGGAGGACCCUGCCGGCUCCCGCUCGCACGACGCGGACAAUGCCCCGGUGAGUGCCUCUCCACCUACCUGCUCCCACAGACCUUCCAUUCCUGCUGCUUCUGCUCCUCUGCCCUCUUCCUAUCCUUGUCUGCCUGCUGCCUAGGCAGGGUUCCUGACAAGGAAGGCAAAGUUUCCUGUUGGCUGCUGACGCCUCUUGCUUCCGGCAGGUGAUCGUGAGGUUAUGGCUCAGCGUAAUUUUUGGUGUGGGAGGCAGGAGCCGUGGUCGGGCUGCUGUUGGCAGGAGUUCGGUUAGCGUGUGCUCUGUGCUUUUGUCCCAUACCAGGUUGUUUCUCAUUGUGUCCCCUGAUUAAUGCAAUCCUGGUUUCCCCCUCAGUUUGAUCUCUUCUGAAGGGUUGUGUUGAUGUAUAAGCCAGUGGGAGAGUGCAUUAAAAGCAGGAUCAGACAUCUUCCCAAAAGACGAGACUGCCUUCAAUAGGAGCAUUUAAGC